UGCGCCUUCUGCUUGUCGCACACAUUUACACAACAUUUGAGUCUGUAAAGAAUGAAAAUCUUUUGGACUUGUAAAGAAUUAACUACAAUUUGAUUGAAAAGUGUAAGACAUGGUCACACUGCAUUCCAAAAAAUCCGAAUUCUGAUUGGGAAUCCACACUUGUCAGCUUUCAAGCACGCAUUGAUUUAUUAAAUGAUUUGUUUUGUGAGUCUGGCAACGCUGGCGAGCGCGCGUUAUCUUUAUGAAAGCAAUGGCAAAAUAUUUAACUAAAAUGUAACGCAAUAAGAGAGUUACGCGUGUGUCCAUGGCAAGGCACGGCGUGUUCAGGCUGAAAGCACGAAAUGUAAAUACUCUCCAGAUGCCCCUUUAUAGGCAUGGUCUGGGCACAUGAGAUCUUAUCAGUCACAAUCAAGGUAGUUGGUACUUAGCUAAACAGUUAAAUCAAGCACUAAAUAGACAUAAUUACUGCCGCCAUAGUCAAAGCAGCAGCGGCAACAGCUGGAGCCUCAAUGUGACGUUGAAGGUUAAACGGCCGCCUUGGCAUUCAGUUGGCCUGUUAAUUGGCGUGCGCGCGCAACAGCAUCCACCACCGCCUUCGACUGCCGCCUCCAAGUAGCUCAAGUAAGCAGCUAUAGUAACGGACAAAUUGCCCGGUUAGUUGCGGUCUCAGUCUCGUUCCCAUCGGGUGUGAACAUCAUGGCGCCACGGCAUAUACUUGAUCUUAGCGUUGAGGAGCAGCGCAGCUUUAUUGACUCCUUUGAUAUGGUAAUCAGCGAUUGCGAUGGCGUUGUCUGGCUGCUGGUUGGCUGGAUACCAGGUGCCGGCGAGGCGAUAAAUGCGCUUAAAAAUGCCGGCAAAUCCGUCAAGUUCGUGUCGAACAAUAGUUUCCGCACCGACGAUCAGUAUUUGGAGAAAUUUGAUCAUAUUGGCGCCAUCAAUGUGCAACACGACGAUGUAGUCCAUCCGGUGAAGAGUAUUGUACGCUAUUUGCAUAAGCACAAGCCCGGCAAACGCGUCUACUCGCUCAUGUCGUUGGAAGCCAAUGAGACGUUGCGUAAGCACGGCAUCGAGUAUGAGUCAUUGCAAAUCAAGGAGCAUCUGACGUCGGCGUCACUAGUCAAUUAUCUCGCAAUUGAGCAAACUGUGGACGCUGUGCUAUUCGACAUACAUCUGGACAUGUCAUACGUGGAGCUGGCCAAGGCUAUACGUCAUCUGCAGCUGAACGAAAACUGCCAGCUAAUUGCGGGUGGCAGUGAUGUUAUUAUGCCACUGGCCGAAAAUCUCAAUGUACCUGGUUUCUAUGACUUCUUGCAGCACGUCAAGCGCUAUACGAAUCGCGAGCCAAUCUUUCUUGGCAAGCCAUCGCCAAUACUUGGUGAUAUGCUUAAGGAGAUAUACAAUAUACAAGCGCCCGAGCGAUGUAUUUUUGUGGGCGAUAUGCUGGUGCAGGAUAUACAGUUUGGCAAGUCCUGUGGCUUUCAAUCACUGCUGGUGCUCUCCGGCAGCCUUACCAAAGAGGACAUGAUUGCAGCGCCACCGGAGGCGCAGCCGGACUACUAUGCCGACAGCCUGGCCGAUUUCAUAGAGUUGUUUAAGAACGUGCAGUAGCAGCCAAUUGAGCACAGUUACC